AUGGCGCGUCUCAACGAGCCGCCGAUUGCACCCCAGCCGUCGGCGGAAUCCAUCGAAGCCCUCAAACGACGCUUUUUGAGGCAAAACCGCGAACUCGCGAAGACGAAUUCGAUCCAAUCUAUCCGCAUCCGCAGCCUCGAAACUGACUGCUCGCGACUUCUUGCCGAGAAUUUGGCAUUGCGCGAGCAAGUCUUGAAUCUCCAUAACACGAUUGAGUCGCGUCCGGCACUCGACCAAUUUGAUGUUGUCAAAACACAGCUUGAAGCCAAGCUAUCAGAGCUCAGCAGCCUGGUAGCUGGCCUAUCGCAAACGAGAAGUGGGUCUGGGAAAGACAGAGGAAGACGGAAAAGCCAGAUGACUGCGAAAAGGAAGAGCGGAGAAGAGCGGCAAUGGAGGAGUGGACUGGGUCUCCAGGAGGUUGAGAAUGCCAUGCUGCCUACUAUCACGGAAGACAAAUAUUAUCCUCGCAGGACAAUGGGUGCAGACGAGCUUCAGCAGACCUUAGAAGACCCAGACAGUCAAUCCCCAGACAUUGGCCCUCCGCCAGUUGCCCGAUUCGAAGACGAAGACCCCAUCGGUUUCGACCCCAGCCCCGCGAUAGAAGAACAGCGAGAAGAAGCUGCAGACGACGGAGAACCUGCAUUAUCAGUGAACCUCGAGACGCGUAAGAAGCGACGCGAGAGCGGGCCCAAGCUCAAUAUACGUCGUGUAUCUCUCUUCGAAUCACCGGAAGAGACUGAAGAGCCAGUCGCGAAGCCUCUGCGCACUGGGGCCAAGCGGAAGUUCAGCGUGCAAGAGGAUGAGGAAGUGAACCAAGCCAAGAGUGAUGCUUUCAGGUUCAGCCGCCGGAAUGCGCCAGGUGCUUCAGACGUGGAGGCGUCAAAUGAUGACUCCAGGCCUUCUUCACUAGAACGCCCUCCCGUCCUUUCAGCUAAACCUGUCAAUACCGAUCCAGUCUUGUCGCCAAAGAAGCAACGCUCUUCAGGCCAAGAUAAACCAGAGAAGCCAGACAAACCAGCACCUAAGGCUCGCAGCCGCCCCCGAUUGAAUAUCACGCGCAACGCGACGUCAGAACUCCCGCUUUUACCAAUGCCUGAACCUGUGCCUACUGCUGAGAUUGUACUUGACUCUCUACCCCCGAAGACACCCGCCGUGGAAGAGACGUUCUCUCCACCAUCCACAGAGCCGUCGACACAACGACCAGACAACAAGGAUACACCACCACCAGGAAAUCUCAACUCGGUAGAUCAGACCGGUCAAGCCGGACGACCGGGUAGACGAGCCCGUCCCCAAGUCAGUUACAAAGAGCCCAGUCUCAACGUGAAGAUGCGGCGUCCAGACGCCAAGCUGGUAGACGCGGUGAUCGACCGCAGGGCCAGUGUAGAUACUCAGAAUGUACCUUCUACAUUGGUCAAGCGUGACGCCGAUGGCGAAAUCGCGUGGAAGCCAGUAUCGACAGUGACGCAACCGAGGGGCGAGGAAGAACCUGAAGCUGGAAGCCCGUUGAGACAGAAGCUUGACCGAAACCAAGAUUCUAAAGCAUCGCCCGCGUCAAUGACUGAGCCAGAAGAACGGUCAACGACCUCGAAAGCCAUAUCUGCGCUCAUUACCGAGACUAGCACUGCUAAGAGAAGAGUCGCUACUACAACUGCAGGACCAGUGUCGGAGCCUCUCGCCGCGAAAUCUGCAGAUCUUGCUCUCUCAAGCAAAGAUACGAUAGCUGUGAGACAAGCACCGCCAGAGAAGGACACUUUGGCUGUAUUCGACUUCACGGACUCUUCACCUGCUGACACUGGGUCCAACCCACGUGCCCGCGUCAACGAACUUGCCAAAACAGCGAGAAGCGCACGGCGCCACUCCGCUAUGCCCACAUCUUCCACGUCAACGGUGUCAGACGAGCGCAGAGCUGAAAGGGAGAAGGCGGAGGGCGCGCUCCCUUCUUUGCAUAAGCGCACUGGCAGCGGUAAUGUGAAAAGUAGUAGUACUACGAGCUUAGCGAGGAGCAAUAGUACUAAUGAUAUUGCUAGGAGUACGUCGAGUGCUCGAACGGCAGUGAAAGAAAAGAAGCCUCCCACUAUAGGAAGCGUACCGGCGGCCAGUGCUAGCACGAACGACCCCAGGACGAAGGUCGAUGGUGUGGAGGACGCAAAAGUACGGGACAGAGAGAGGGAGACGAGCACGCUGAGAGCCGAACGCGCCGCUAGUCGACGGAAAAGUAUGAUGCUUUAG